AUGGCCGGCGAGGGGGAGAAGAGGCCAACUUUUUUCGUGGCUGUCCAUGUCGGAGCUGGGUUCCACGCCCAUUCGAGCGAAAAGUCUUUCAGGAAGGCUAUGAAAUGCGCUUGCCGCGCUGCGGCCUCCCUUCUCCUCAAGGUCUGUCUGGGAUGUCACACGCUAAAAUAUCGAGUUUAAAGAAAUAUAUGGUUAUCUCGUGUUCUGGUAGCCAAUUGCAUCGAACGAUCAGUAAGGAAAUGAUGAAUGUGGGAGUUGUCUCGUAGGGUCGCUCGAUCUCGACUUACGUUUGCACAAGUAUGUAGCUAUGUCAAAAAGGGGAGAUGACCGAACACCUUGUGCUCAUCUUUUUGCGUCUCCCUCCCACUAACUUAGUAUCGUCGGUUCCAUACUGGGCCAUGCUAAUUUCUUAUUCUAGCAUCCAUCCAUUCUAUGUCUGCUCCAUAAAACUUCCGCAUAUUAAUUGCCACUCUGUUCACAAAUCAAUCUUGGGGAGGACGUCGAGUUCCCAGCAAAUGUACUUGACGCCUGAUGCCGAUGUCAUUCCGCGCGGUCCUUUGUUGGGUGAUCAAAGAGUAGAAUAAACGCUGGGAUGUCUGUCUUUUUUUCUUUAUAAUGUUGUUACACGCGAGGCAAUUAAGACAGCUUGGGUUCUAUGAUAUCUACCUAUCGUUUUUCCUGGUGAAUUCGAUAACUGGGCACCUUAGUGAGAAUGUUUUCUUCGUUCAGCCUUUUCUUGAAAAUAGAGAGAAAGCCAGAAUUGUCUUCAAUCCUGCUGUCUCUUCCGGCUUGGGUUUCUGUCCAAGAAUAAUUUUUUUAAUUGUGGUUGACACGUGGUACAUGGUUUUUCUUUACAUGAUUCAGGACCACGGUGGAUGCAUAGAUGCUGCCUCAGCAGCCAUUCAAGUUCUGGAGGUGAGCAGAUGCUUGAUUCAUAGUUUCAUGUGUUUACAGCAUUAGUUACAUUCAUUAUUGAGCAAAUGAAAAAAUUUCAUAUACUUUUUCAUUGUAUCCUUUCUUUUUCUCUUCCUCAUUCCGCCUUAGAUGUCUCAAAAAAAUGAUGACCGUGCCUCUGAAUGUAUGCUCCUGUUGUUCUUCAUUGCACUUGGCCAGGUCAUCUGCAAUGCCUUUCAUGGAUUUUAACCCACGCUACUUCUAUUACUAUUCGUCUUCAAGUUUGUUUGACAUCCCAAACUUUCUCUAUUUUGCCUGCCUCUAUUUAAUCAUUCUUAUAUGGGCUAGUUCUCUGUUCCAAAAUGGAUUUUCUUCGUGCCUCAAAAGUUUUUCCGAAAGCAAGAAGCUGGCUGAAUUGGCAUUUUUAUGGAAAAAACCGUUCAAUUUAAUCCUUGUCAGUUGUCAUCCUGUGAAUGCUAGAGUUACUGCUUUCUUGGGGUACAUUGCUACGUCAUUUUGGAGACCUCUUGAAGGACUUUUGUUGAAGGAUGGCGAUCUAUUUGUUUUUGUAAUCAAUGACAUUAUGUGAACCACAUUGUAAUUUCCUAUAUGUGAAGUCAAGGUACACUGUUAUUAUCUAUGUUUGUCGUUUUUUCUUGUGUUUCCCCUCCUACCUAUUAUUAAUGAAAACAAAGCCAUUUUUGUAUUAGGUGUGCGAUAUAUGGUCCACUGCUGUGAUUUGGCCUGUGAUUUAUAGUGGUCCCUUUUCCUGGACGUUUCCCAUGAAUUGUUAAAAAAAGAAAACGUCCAAUCAUUUCAUGAUUUUUCAUGCCACCUAAUCUUGUUUCUACUCUCCCAUUAUAUUUUUGUCUCUUGUGGGCUUUGGCAGAUUUCUUGAGAGAUUUCUUCUCCUAUAUCGUUCCUCAACAUUGACAUUGAAGUAGCCUUCUGUGUUUUUGCUUUGUUCGCAUAGCGUCCUGUCUUUUCUUUUUCUUCUCUUUGACUUUUGUGAUGAUUGGUGAACCUACAUUUAGUUGCAGUUUGUAGAUAAGGUUUUCAUACUCGGUGAUACAAUCACCUACAAGGAACAUUACAGAGGACUUGUAUCGAAGAAAACCUGUGAUGACAUGUAUACUUUGGUUAUAGGAUGAUCCAAUCACAAAUGCAGGCCGGGGUUCAAAUUUGACAGAGCGGGGACAUGUGGAAUGUGAUGCUAGUAUCAUGGAUGGUGUUUCUGGAUCCUUUGGAGCUGUAGGGGCCGUGCCAGGUUUUCUUUUCGCUUCUUUCAAGUUUAUACAGAAAAAAAUUAAUCUGCAUGGUAUUCAGAAUUUUUUUGACUUCGGGACAAUUUUUCCUCCCAUGUUACUCCACAAAGUGUGUGCGAUAUUUCGUUUUGCAAUCUGAUUGUUUUAGAGGAGUGUUUUUCUAACCAUUUAUUUACUGUAGAUCAGGUGUGCGAAAUGCUAUCAAAAUUGCUGCUUGUCUGCUAAAGGAGCAAUUGGUGGGAUCUUCUUUGUUAGGACGGCUGCCUCCAAUGUAAUGACUGCACUGAAUUGACGGUGCUUGAUUUUUCUUCGCUUGCUUUGAUGUUUUUAAUUCACGCUAUUAUUUGAUAGAAUAAUGAGUGAUCUAUUUUUCCGGUACACAUAUUUUUUAGAAACCAUGAUAUUACUGGCAUCUUUCGAGCCAUAAUGUUGAAGCUGUUCUCUAUCAAACGCCGCCUAGGAGAUACCUAAGUUACAAGAUGCUAACCGAGGCCAAGGAAUUUGUGUUCAAGGGGUAGCUGUUUCCUGGGUAUUGCGCACAUUGGGUUGUCAUGUUUGGCGAAGUCAUAGUCAGACAUGAUAAAAUUGUCAGCAUCGCAUAGAAUGGGCUCCGGAAUUGAAAGCAUUUUCUCCCUCCUUAGGGUGAACAACCGAAACCGAUUAUCUAGUGAAAAUAGUCUAAAGAUUACUGAUCAAUAAAUAAUCGUUUUCAUGUUGGUGGUUUGAUCAGAUCAAGUUUCUAUAUGGUUAACAUCAUGCAUUCAGCAGAUAGUUACAAAUAGGGUUGUAAAUGUGUUGGUGUAAAAACUCUGGAUGCUGGAUAACUGAGGUUGGAUGAGGGCACGCUAAUUAUUCUUAAAAGCAAUGUAAAAAAACCAUGUAGAUAUCCAAUUUAAGAAAACAUCAUCCAUCCUUCAUUGGAUAAACGUACAGUAUUAUGCGGGUCAUUGAGACGUAACUACAUAAUGGAAUUAGAUAGGAAACAGAGGUUCACAUUAAUUUUUUAAUGCAAAUUGAUCAUGUACUAUUCUAUUUUGUCAAAGAUAUUCUCAUCUUCUCACAUGAUUCCAUAUUUCUUCUGCAUAAAUCACUAUUAUCUGUGGCGACCUUAUCCUUAUAUUUUUUUUCAUAUCUAUCAAGAAUAUUGUUUCUUUAAGGUUUUUGGCUGGUGAAGGGGCCCGUGAGUGGGGAAAGUACAAGGGAAUCUGUAUGCCUGGAACAAUUUCAGAGACUGAGUUGGUAAUCCCUCUGCCAGAUUAUCUAUUGUGCCAUGUUUGCUUCCUUUGCAAACACUGAAAUUCUUCCACUGUCAGCUUAUCUAUGUUAAUUUCUAAACAGUGGCUAAUUACGGACAGGAGUAAGGUCCAGUGGCUUAGAUACAAAAGAAUGCUUGCUGAUGCUAUGGAAUCCAAUGUGGAACUUCCUUCUGAAGCCAGCACAAGUGAAGUGCUGCAAGUGCGAUCAGGUAUUCUCUUUUUAUGACAUUUUUCUGGUAAUUAGUGCCCGAAUAAAAAAAAAACUCACAUUAGGGCUCUUUUUUCUGUAGUAGAUAUUUAUGAAAGUAUUAGAUAUCAAAUGUUGUGGAUUUAUUGUGAGGAUGACUUGUUGGUGUCGUUUCCAAGGUUUAGUGCUCUCAACCUAGGGAGGAAUGGCGAACAGUUCCUUUUUUCUAAUUUGAAUUAUACUUACUAAUUUUUUAAAUAAGUGAAUCAAUACCCUGUGAACGUUUUAAUUCUCUUUCUCUUGAUUUUCACUUCUCAUUUACACCAAAGUCAGCAUUAAAUUUUCCUUCUGAACUUUGUAGAUAAAAGGAGAUUGAAGAUCAAUUCAGAACUUUGACUUGGGUAGUAGAGCUAGUGCUUUGCUCGUAAAACUGCAUGGAUAAACUUCCAAGAACGUUUUUUUUUUAUGUUUGCCUUUUUCUCAAAGGUACAUGUAGUUGUGAACAUAUCAUAGCCUUCAUGUUUCUGGAACUAGUGUUUACUUCCCUCAGUAUCUAUUGAUUAUGACAGAACGACAUAAGAAAUCAUGCUACAUUCGCAGAGGAAAACUCCAUCUUAUUUCUUUCAAGGUUAUGCUACUCAAUCUGCCUGCCAGAUUGAGCACAACAAAUGGCUUAUUUGAUUCAACUCUAUCUUGUUUUUGUACCAAACAUUUAUAUUGACGUGACUGGUUUUUGUUUAUUGGGCCUGAUAACACAUCGGUAAUGGCCUGUGCUACAUUCACAUAUUUACGAACUAUUUAUUCAGUGUACCAUACUAGCCCAUCAACUAUACUAAAAGUGGGAAACCUUUUUCUCCAUGCAAAUGGGUAAUGCUGCCAGAUAGAGAAGCGCAGUCUUGUGGGAGCGCGAAACGGGAUGAUGAUUCAGCUGGGCAGCAAUGUGGCGGAGAUAGUCAGGAAGAUUGCCACAUUCUGGACACCGUGGGUGCGAUUUGUAUUGAUUCUCGUGGGCACAUAGCCUCAGGUGCAUCGAGUGGAGGAAUCGCUCUAAAGGUGACGUCUUUACUCCAGACAUGCUUCUGAUGGGCAAGGAUGCAAUCUACUCUUCCCUGUCAACAUGCUUACAGAGAGUUCUCUGUGGUGCAACGGGGGUCCUGCAGGUUGAUGGCCGCGUUGGGCUGGCAGGAAUGUAUGGCUCGGGGUGUUGGGCGUCCUCAAAGGACCCCUUUGGAUCUCCAUGCAUAACGGGUUGCUGUGCCUCUGGUGCUGGGGAGUAUCUGAUGAAGGGAUUCGCAGCGCGUGAAUGCUGCAUCUCCUCGUCUCUGUAUGCCCCUCAGCUCCUUCUUCCAUUGUUUACGCACCUUCGUAGAGAUGAACUCACGGAUUUGCAUAUAUUUGCAGCUCUCAGGCAGGCCCGGCCUCUGCCUGCACCAAGGUUCUCCGUGCUUCUCUUCAGGGCAGCAGCCAUGGAUCUCUAGACACAGGCGGAGCAGGCCUGCUGCUAGUGCAGGCAGACGUUAAGAAGGUUGUGAGAACCCUCUCCUCCUCUCCUCCAGGCCCAUUUAUUGGGUCUGACUUUUAUCGUUUUUUCUUGCUUUUUUUGUUCAUCUGUUCUGAGUUAAGUCAACGGGAAGGACUUGGAAUGGAUGGAUUACUUAUUUUGCUUUCUUUAUUGGUCCAUCUAUUCUGGUUUAGAUAACCGGGAAGGACUUGGAAUUAAAAGCCGUGGAGCUCGUUGCUGCCUACUCCUCUUCAUCAUUUGGCAUUGGCUACUUUGCGAGCGGUAUGGAUCAACCCAAGGUAACGCCUUUAUCCACUUCGCCCCUUUCCUAUUCGGGAAAAUCUACCGGGUCCGCAGUUCUGAGUUGACUUCCUCCCAUGCAGACACUGAUUCUGAGAGCCGACAGACGGGGAAGCGGCUCUGCCGUCAAUCACUUCGGCACGUGCGUUGACCUCACAGCGUCCUAG